CUUGCUUUAUCAAAAAUAGGUAUCCAUCAAAAAUAAUCCCAGAAUUAUUCUUCCAUUUUUUUUCUCUCUCUUUCUUCUUCCAUAGGUUAAACAGAGUUGUAUUCGAUUGCACAAAUAGAAAUCCCAAGUGGGCUUUUGUUUUUGUUCAUGUUCAUGUUGCUUGAAGAAAUUAACGAAUCACGAUGUGACAAUGAUAAAAUUAUGAAGGUUGAAUAACAAUUUGAAUAGCAUUUUCUUCAAGAUCUAAACUUUCCCAGAAAAUAAAAAGAUUAAAAUUGAAAAUGGCGACAGAAAUGGAAGGAAAAGGUCAAGUAGAAGAGAUAAUGGUAACAACCACCGUGAAAAUGGUUGAAGGAAGCACCAAUGGAGGUGUUGUUGUGGAAGCUCAUCCUUAUGCGUUUCAUGUUUCUGGGCCUCGUAAUCUUUCUUCGCCUAAUUGGAGAGAUAUCAUCAGCUCUAGCUGGAAAGACCCAAACUAUAAAAGAACAGUCAUGGCGUGCUUCAUUCAAGCUGCUUACCUGUUAGAGCUUGACAGGCAAGAAAACAGAACAACUGAAGAUGCCUUAGCACCAAAAUGGUGGUUGCCUUUUAAAUACAAGCUAACUCAGACUUUAAUCGACGAGAGAGACGGUUCCAUAUUUGGAGCAGUUCUUGAAUGGGAUCGUUCUGCUGCUUUAUCCGAUUUCAUACUCAUGCGGCCAAGUGGGGCCCCACGAGCUGUUUUAGCUCUAAGAGGAACACUCCUCAAGAGUGUGACUAUUAGAAGGGAUUUAACCGAUGACUUCCGUUUCCUCGCUUGGGAAAGUUUAAAGUGGUCAGUAAGAUUUAAAGUGGCGUUUGAUGCCCUUAAAUCGAUUGCAGACAAGUAUGGAAGCGGUAAUGUCUGUGUCGUAGGACAUUCAUUAGGUGCUGGGUUCGUCUUUCAGAUUGGAAAGACGUUAGCCAAAGAAGGAAUCCAUGUCGAGGCUCACUUAUUUAACCCGCCAUCAGUUUCACUAGCCAUGAGCCUUAAAAAUCUCAGACGCGUAUGAAGUACGAAUUCAAACACGGUACUAUCUCUAAAACUUCUUAAACAAGCUGUGACCUGUAAUCGGUUAACUAUGGCUAACGAAAGCGACAAUGAAUCGGACGCGGUACGUAAAUUUUUUGAUUUGAAUAGUUGGAAAUUUAAAAAAAAAAAAAAUUAAAUCGCACAAAACUUGAUGGUCCAGUCACCCAGUUUUGUGCAAUUUAAUUUUUUUUCUUUUUUAGAUUAUUAUUAUUAUUAUUA